AUGGAGGCUCACCAGCAAGCAGUUGAGGCAAUUGCUGCUCAGAUCACAAAGUUCCAUGAACAGAAGACUCCCUUUAGGCUGUAUCAUGGCAGCACCAAUACCACUCAACAACGAAACGUGGACCCCCAAAAGAUGGUCGACACAUCAAAGCUCAAUCAUGUCAUCAAGAUCGAUACAGACAACAUGACGGCUUUGGUUGAGCCUAACGUGGCGAUGGAUGAGCUGGUCGAGGCGACACUUCCCUUUGGUGUCAUUUCUCCAGUUGUGAUGGAGUUCCCAGGCAUCACUGUUGGAGGUGGCUUCUCUGGAACAGCCGGAGAGAGCUCGGGCUUCAAAUACGGCUUCUUUGACUGCAUCGUCAAUUGGGUCGAAAUCGUACUUGCAAAUGGCGAAGUUGUAAAGGCAUCAAGAACAGAGAAAGCAGAUCUGUUUGAGGGUGCAGCUGGCGGUUUUGGCACAUUUGGCGUCACUACCCUGCUCGAGAUCCAACUGAUCAAAUCCAAGCCAUAUGUGGAGCUCACCUAUAGCCCGGUUCGCAGUAUCUCGGAAGCUCUCACCACUAUGGACACUGUUACGAACGACCCAACCAGCGAUUUCGUUGAUGGCAUCCAGUACAGCUUGGAUAAAGGCGUCAUCGUCACUGGAAGGCUGGUCGACGAACUAAAGCCAGGCGUCAAGUUGCAACGCUUCAGCCGAGCCCGAGAUCCUUGGUUCUACAUUCAUGUCGAUCGAACAACCGGCAAGAGCUUUGAAGACGUUGUAGAAGCUACCAAUAUACAAGAUUACCUGUUCCGCUACGAUCGAGGUGCCUUUUGGACUGGACAGUACGCGUUUCCAUACUUCAUGACCCCGUUCAAUAGAAUAACGCGAUGGGCCCUGGACUACUUCAUGCACACCCGAGUUAUGUACCAAGCACUACACGCUUCUGGACACGCCUCAAAAUAUAUCGUGCAGGACUUGCUCUUGCCCAGAAACGGCGUCGUCGACAUUGUCAAUUUCGUCGACCAGAAGUUCGGUUUCUGGCCACUUUGGCUCUGUCCGCUUAAGCGAGGCCAAGAGGUGUCUUUGCGUCCGAACCUCGGCGGUGAUGUCUACGACGACAGCAAGACAGUAUCAUUUGUGAAUGUGGGAGUCUGGGGGCCUGGUUCGCCGCGUUUUGAAACAUUCGUAGAGGAAAACAGAGCGCUUGAGCAGAAAGUACGCCAGCUUGGCGGCAUCAAGUGGCUGUACGCACAAGCAUACUACACCCUGGACGAAUGGAAUGACAUCUACGAUAUGAAGUGGUACAACGCGCUCAGAAAGAAGUAUCACGCGGAGUACUUACCCAGUGUGUACCAGAAAGUCAAGGUGGACCUCAGCAAGGUAGGGUCACCUCCCACAGGCCUAUCUGCUUGGUUGCGAGAUCAAUUUUGGAACACAUGGCCAUUUAGUGGUUUGUAUGGAGUGGCGAAGACUUUGCUGGAGAAGGACUACCUGCUUGCCAAGUAG